ACAUAUCCCACAAUUCCCUCGCGACAGCUGCACUUCACUGUACGCUGCUGCUGCUGUUUGGCGGUUCGCUUCGAGAUAAAUGCGCUCUGUUUACUGUUGUCAACCGUUUUAUUGGACUCAUAUGUGUGGGUAAUAGCUUUAUAACUCUAUUACAGUUAAAACAAAUAGUUUUUGCCGGUGUUUGGCGUGUUUUAGAGUAUUUUCAGGAGAUUGUUAGCCGAUUAGCUCUUUAAAAAUGGCUGAUCCAUGGAAUCGAGGACAUGGAGCUGUGGAUGACAUGUUGGACGCUGAAAACAAGCGGAUGGCGGAAAAUCUGGCCAGUAAAGUCUCGAGACUCAAGUCUCUAGCAUACGACAUUGACAAAGAUGCCGAAGAACAGAAUACCUAUUUAGAUGGCAUGGACUCCAACUUUCUCAGCGCAACAGGCUUGUUGACUGGAAGCGUGAAGAGGUUUUCCACAAUGGUCAGAUCGGGUCGAGACAACAGAAAGAUCCUGUGUUACGUGUCCGUGGGUCUGGUUGUGGUCUUCUUCCUGCUGUAUUAUCUGGUGUCCCGGAUGCAGAACUGAUGGGUCGUUUUGGUUGCUCCUAUUUUAAGCUGGUUUCUCAGUUCUAUGAGAGUUUAUGGGGAUUCUCUGUUAUGUGGAGAUUUCAGAGAAGUGCACAGGUUACGUUUUGUUCAUCGUUAUUAAAAACAAUAAUGGAUGCAGUUUGAGGACGAUUGCUCACAUUUAACUCCAAACUCUGUUUACACUUUCAAAAGUCAGUCUAUUCAGUGUGUAUUUUUAUUCAUGCUUCAAUCAAAGAAAUCCACCAUGGACCAAUAUUUAGAUUCAUUAAAAGCUUUUCCGAUUUCCAUGAGCUCUAUUUUUAUCAUUGUAAAAUAUGUAAGAAAAUGUAACUCACUAGUUUUUGAUUAUUAUGUACAUUAAAAUUUUUAUUGCGAA